UCCCAGCAGAUCCAGCGGACAUCUGGAGCGGUCCUGAGGAGCAAAACCCACAAACCAGAGCCGAACCAGGUUUUGGCUGCGCGUCUGCCGGUGGGAACGCAGCCGUCCUCCGGUGCUGUCAUCGCCCUGCGGUGCUGGGUCUGCGCCGGGAAGCCGCUGCGCUCCGGACGGACGGACCAGCCGUCUCUGCCGGCGAGGAUAGACAAACAUCCCCGGGAGGAGGAUGAUGGACUGAGCGGUUCCGACAUCUGACGGGUUCGGAGGCCCGCAGGGAGCCGCGACACAUCUGGGUUUGGCGCGUCCGGAUCGCGGUCCUGGUUACCGUGAGGAGAGGCGGAUUUGGACCGGCUCGGUUCGGUGUUUCCUCCUUUGAUGUGUUGUCGCAGACGGACUAAACGGUCCUGGUUCCGAGUUUGAGGGAGCAGGCGGAUCCCCCUCCUCCCUCCCCCCUGCUGGUCUGGAUUAAAACCCAUCAGGAUCAUGAACCAACCCCCUCUGACGCGCUAAUCUGGGUUUUUACCGAGCUGGAUUUAAAUCUGAGAUCUGCUCUGGAUUAGGCUGCUCCUGGUUCCGACCCGCUCCGGGCGGCUCCCGAUUCUGCUCUAUCGUUGGACUUGGUCCCGUCGGCGCUGGAUUCGGGGAGCCCUGCUGGCACCAUGCCGACCUCCCGGCCAGGUUCGGAGCCGGUGGAGUUCUGGGUGGACGGGUCGCGGCGGGACGGGACCGUGGAGGACCUCUACACUCUGGGCUCCGAGCUGGGCAGAGGAGCGACGUCCAUUGUGUACCGCUGUGAGGAGAAACAGACCCAGAAGCCCUUCGCAGUCAAAGUCCUCAAGAAAACGAUUGACAAGAAAAUCGUACGCACUGAAAUUGGCGUCCUGCUGCGUCUUUCCCAUCCCAACAUCAUCCAGCUGAAGGAGAUCUUUGAGACGGACACGGACAUCGCUCUGGUGCUGGAGCUGGUGACAGGAGGGGAGCUGUUCGACCGGAUCGUGGAGCGGGGAUACUACAGCGAGAGAGACGCAGCUCAUGUCAUCAAACAGAUCCUCGAAGCUGUGGCGUAUUUGCAUGGUAACGGGGUCGUUCAUCGUGACCUUAAACCAGAGAACCUGCUGUACGCCGACCUGUCGCUGGACGCGCCGCUGAAGAUAGCCGACUUUGGCCUUUCCAAAAUCAUCGACGAUCAGGUCACCAUGAAGACCGUCUGUGGUACUCCAGGGUACUGCGCUCCAGAGAUCCUGCGGGGAAAUGCCUACGGCCCCGAGGUGGACAUGUGGUCGGUGGGCGUCAUCCUGUACAUCUUACUCUGUGGCUUUGAGCCCUUCUUCGACCCAAGAGGCGAUCAGUACAUGUACAGCCGCAUCCUGAACUGCGACUAUGAGUUUGUGUCUCCAUGGUGGGACGAGGUCUCCCUCAACGCCAAGGAUUUGGUCAGCAAGCUGAUUGUUCUCGACCCUCACAAGCGCCUCAGUGUACGAGAAGCCCUGCAGCAUCCCUGGGUUCUGGGGAAAGCUGCUCGUUUCUCCCACAUGGACACCACUCAGAGGAAACUGCAGGAGUUUAAUGCUAGACGCAAACUUAAGGCUGCCAUGAAGGCUGUUGUAGCCACCAGCAGAAUGCACGAAGGAUCCCGACGACGCACCGACAGCUGCGAAAUCCCAGGCUCGGGGACUCCCCGGCAGAGCAGCAUGCAACAAGACCCGCCUUCCGAGUCAGCAGGCUCCGCCCCCGAGGAGAAAAAGGCCACAACUCCAGACCAGCAGGUUCCCCAGAAAGACGAGUCCAAGCCUGCCGACCAGGGAGCUGUCAGUCCUUCCCCUCCACGUAGCCCCAAUCCCCCCAGCUCUGAUGCCUCACCCACAGGCCCCGCCCUCGUCAGACCACCGCUGCGUGCCGACGGGCUCCGACAGGCGUCGGUCAUCCCCAAGUCCGUGCUGGUGCAACCCCGGCUGCCGCAGAAGAGCUGUUCCGUCAUCGAGUCAGUCUACAGAGGGGAGGCUACGCCCUCUCUGGGCUCACCUCCGAGUCCCAACAACCUCAGCAACGGCUUCACGCAGGGGGCGGAGCCUAGCACGAAGGCUGCUCACUGUCAGUGAACGCUUGACACAGCUGCACCAGUAUUACAACAAGAAACAAAAAGUUGCGCCUUCCAGUCAUUCUUUACAAACAUCCCAGUCUGCUUUCUGGGAACAAAAAAAAAACUGACGGAAAAGUUUGUGUAAAUUUAAGCAACGCCACAGCCCGAGUUUUUACUCUGUUUGGCUUAUUGGUCAACAGCUGAUCCCAUGCUGAUGGUUGGUGUGAUGGACAGAAAGAAGCCAAAAGAGCUAAAAUCAGACAAUAAUGGAUUAAUCCACUUUUUGCACAAAGCACUAUUUGAAGAUAAAUAAGGAUUCUUGUCAGUCUUAUCAGGCGGAUUCCUAGACUGAAUGUAAAGCUGAGAUGAGCAGAAAAAGAAGAAGUAUUUUUCACCCUGAAACAUUUACUCUCAGAUUAAAGAUCUGGGUGAUGAUGUGCACAGUUGGAAAAAGGGUUUGAAAGUUUAUUUUCCUGUAAAAAGAUAUCAAAGUAUAAACUAAUGUAAAGACAGGCAGCAGGCCUCCAGGUUUGGUUGGCCAAAUGUUUAAGUUUUCUGGCUCUUCCUGUUAAAGUCCAGGGACUUUCCAUCCCGUUUAGGAAUAAUUUCAACUUUGCUUAUUCUUCCAUCUGUUAGCUGAUUGUAUCUUUCUCCGGCUAUUGGAACCAUGAGCUUGGACACGUUAACGAUCUGUGACGCUUCACUUUGAUUGAUGGCUGUGGCCGGUUUCUGCUGCGAUGAAAGGCCACAUUCAGCUGGUCUAUGGUUUACUGCCACUUUACAGGAGCUGUUUCAACAUUUCUAACAAAAUGCAGAAUGAAUUAGACAUAUUUCCUGGUGAGAUUCUGUGUUUGCUUUCAUGGAUGUGUUCAGUAGAGAGCUGGAGCCAAAAACACAGAGCAGCUUUGGUAGAUCCAUCUUAUCUUGAUUUCCUCUGGUUUUCCUCAUACCGACUGCUGAGUGCUGUCACACAGGAUGAAGACCCCACGCGACAUAAUAACAGAAAAAAUAGCCAAGCAAGAACGGUCUUUGCUAGAUAAAACACGAGUUCCUCAAGUCUUUACUAAUUUUUCCAGAAAAAGUGAUCAAAUGUCCGGGCAAAGUUCUGCCAGAACCAUGUCAAUAGCGACAAGAAGAGCGUAUGGCGGGGCACCUUGUUAACUAAAUAUUAAUGAAGGUGUAUGUAUAUAUUUGGGUCUUUUUGAAUAACGUUGUUUUGAGAAGAUCCACAAUAAAUUUAGAGCUGUGCUCCCAUUUCUUUCCUUAAAGAUCAUUGCAUCAGCAGGUUGCAUAAUCUGCUCAGUUAAAUCAUUAUAGAGCCCACAUGUGACAGGCAGGACUUUCAUGUCCAUGACGAGUGGAUGCAAGGCUGAAAUCAUCCAAACUUUAAACCUGCAAACAUCUAAGAGUGAAAGAAAUAAGUCAGUAGUGAUUCAUGUUUUUUUUUUUUUAAAUUAGUAAUUAAUGGUUUUCAAGAUUUCUUGUUUGAAAGGUAAAGAGCUUUUAAAGCCAGGCUUUUGCCAUGACGACAGCAAAGUUUUUACCGUUGUGGUUCCCAGAAAACAUCCAGUUCCAUUUACACUUGGUGUAAUGAACCAUUCCAAACUAAUUACCAUGUUUUAGUAAUUAAAAUAAAAAAAUGCCAUAGACAUUCCCAGCAUCCAUCUCUGAGCUCUCAACUGGACACAAACAUCAAAGAAAACAGUUUAACUGAGAAGUGCUGAACUUUUCCUUUAGAUAUUAAACCGGGACAAACGGAGGCUCUUUGCUCCUCUUCCUCUUGGGCCAGAACACGGACUCUUCCUCACACGCUCAGGAUGGAGCUGACUGAUUGUAUCUCAUCAAACUGCGCUAACGCGGCGGCGCUGGAGGGACAAAGAUGGCGGCUGACUCUCUCCAGUUCUUCAUCCUGUUCAGUUUUAGAGCAUGACUUUUAAUGUUACCGUAACCACAGAGAGGAGAGGCGGUACUUUCUUUUUCUAGCUGUUUCUACUCUUUACUGAUGACGCCUACAGCUCCAGUUUGUAGCGUUCGGGUAGGUAAAUCGUGUUUGUGAGCUUUGUAAAAUGUGUCGUUUACACUUAAUCAGCGAUAUCAGCGCUCCUGUUUGCACUGUACAUACGGUAGUUUUGUUUUAGACAAAUUAUUACUGACAUCUUUAUGCUCGACGUGACCGCAGACAUGUUUGGUGUUAAACAAAAGUCUUUCCCCCAGAAACUGUUAAUGUUUGCUGAGAAUCAAACCCUUUCAUCUGAUCUGAAACCACACGCUCUACCUCUUCUUUGUACAGGGGCUUCCAAAGUAAAACCAAUCGCUGCAGAACGCUCUGGAAAGAAAACGAUCAGACGAGGCAAUCAGACUAACCUAAAAUUGUACGUUUUUUGUUAAUUACGGUGGCCAAGACAGUCCGAUUUCACCUUGUUGGGUAAACUGAAGCAGGCACCUUUCAGUGGGUUUACAGCAGGUUAGAUGAUUGUUGUUGGGCUUUAUUGAACUUUCCAAUAGGUCUGCUUCCAUUACCUGGUUCAGACAGAGAAGCUUCAAUGAUUUGGACCAGAGGAAGCAAUGAAGACUUAAUUGGAGAUGACCUUAAUGAAGGAAAGCAUUCACUAAUUGGAGGAAAAACGAAGGUCUUCACUUAAAUCACAUUUCUCUCUUAGGUCUCAUGAAGGGUCUUUGCAGGGUGUGCAGAGCGAUCCCUGUAGCUCGUGAAAGAAACGGAAGUUUUGUGUCUGUUUUGAGCUUUCUCCCAACCUCCGCAGUGUUCUCUGGGAGGUUAACCAUUGUGGUGGCAGCGUGCCAAAGUCCUGUGACUGCCCACAUCUCAGCUACAACCUCAUCAUGCCCUUAUCUCUCUCUAUGGGAUUUACUGUGAUAAUGCAGCUGCAUUGUGCUUCGUGUCAGGCCACAAAUCUGUCUCCAACCAAAACAAUCUCAACCAGCGAGAGCAACAAACUGUCAACACCAAUAAAUGCCACACUACACACAGCCCUCUUGCACAUAUUAAUCAAUUUGUGCCCCUGGCUGAAGGAGGGCUUCCAUCCACCACGUGCAACGGUUGUACCAAGGCUUGGCUGUGCUGGUUGCUGGGAGACAGGAAGCUGGUGGUUGAAUCAAGCGAGUUCCUGUCAGGGAGUCAAAGAAAAGUGUCUUAUGAUUAUGAUAAGGAAA